AUGCAAGGCGGAGACGAUCCCGGUUAUGGAGAUUCGGGACAGGGGAGCUUUCCACCCCCCCAACGCUGGAGAUCGAGUCCCACCCCUCCUCCAUCCCAGAUGUGGAGUCCGCCAUCGCCGGCGCCGUGGCAACAAACACCCCAAAACCGGGGUCAGUCCCCGGCUUAUCAGCAGAGAUAUGCGGGUCGUACCCAACCGGGGACGGGCGACUACCGACCCAACAUGGACGCGAUAAACUUCCCGUCCCAAUUCCAAUCCUCCCCAUUCCAGAGCAGUCAAUCUCCGCUUGACGAAUCUGAUAGAUUCACAUGGGAACAAUUGAUGGGGUCGCAUGAUACCCCGACGACGAUGCCCAGUCGUGUAGAGACGGGGAGAGGAGGCGGUGGCGGCGGCGGCCGAAGUGGCGGUGGCAACGGCAGGCGAAGGGGCGGCGGCGGCGGCGGGCGAGGCGGAGGAUCCGCGCGAGGUGGCGGCAACGGUGAUGGCGGGCAGCAAGGCGGCCGCGGUGGUCGCGGACAAGGCGAUGGCGGCGACGGGCAGGAAGGCGGCGGCGGUGGUCACGGAGAUGGCGAUGGAGGUCGUGGUCGACGAGGGUUUCUGUACACAGACGCCGAGUCCAUUGCUAUUGCUAGGGCAUGGGACGCGGUGACGACAGAUGCCAUAGUUGGCACGGAUCAGACCGACUUAUGCUUCUGGCGGAAAGUCUUGGUGGUGUACAAUGAAUUCAAACCACCGGGGAGCGUCGACCGUACACCCGAUCAGAUUCGGAAGAAGUUCGGCAGGAUCACUACAACUCUUCGGAAGUUCAUGUUUUCGAUUUAG